GUCAGCGACGCUCUCUUUCCUCGCAGCACGAUUUAACCCUUCCCUGCCUGGGUUUGGCUUCUACUCACUUUCUCGCUGAAUCAGCAGUUUUUGUGUUUUUUUCAUUUGUUUGUAGAAACCUCAUUCCCGACCCAGCGGAACGGAAUUCCCAGCAGCGCGAUCGGCACAACCGGAAUGUGCCAGGAAGCGUCUUAUGGCGGCGCCGCCUCAUUGGCCCAGAAACGAUAGGAUGGCGUGAUUCCCGGAACUGAUUGUUAUGGGAAUUGUGUGUCACGCCUGGAACAGGUUGGACUGAUGCAGCUUUCCUAAUAGUAACGUCUGAGUAACUAUGUGAUGGUUUCGGGCCAGACUUGCUAUGUCCGCCAUCAUGGUAGACACAAACAGCGAGUUGUGCAAUUUGACCCCUUUGGACGAGGAUGACCUAGAGAGCCCAUUAUCGGGAGAGUUCCUGCCGGACAUCGGGGACAUUCAGGAUAUCACUGAGACAAUCGGGGACGAUGGCUCCGCGGCUUUUGGUGCCUCCGAGUAUCAGUUCUUGGGGAACAGUCCGGGGUCGAAUGGGUCCGUCAGCACAGACCUUACGGACACCUUGUCGCCCGCGUCGAGUCCGGCGUCCGUCACCUUCCCCGCGGCUCCGGGGGGCGCAGAGGACGUGUCUUGCAAGUCGCUGAACCUCGAGUGCCGAGUGUGCGGAGACAAGGCCUCCGGGUUCCACUAUGGGGUUCACGCCUGCGAGGGGUGCAAGGGCUUCUUCCGGAGGACGAUCCGCCUUAAACUGGCGUACGAGCGCUGUGAGCGAAUGUGCAAGAUACAGAAGAAGAACCGCAACAAGUGCCAAUAUUGCCGCUUCGAAAAGUGCCUUAAUGUCGGAAUGUCCCACAACGCGAUACGAUUCGGGAGGAUGCCGCGGUCGGAAAAGGCGAAACUGAAGGCGGAAGUGCAGACGUGCGACCAGGACACUAAGGACGCACCAAUGGGCGACCUCCUCUCUCUGGCGCGGCUCAUUUACGACGCGUAUCUGAAGAACUUCAACAUGAACAAAGUGAAAGCCAGAGCCAUCCUGACGGGCAAAGCCAGUAAUCCGCCGUUUGUUAUACACGACAUGGAGACGCUGUGCAUGGCCGAGAAGACGUUAGUGGCCAAACUGGUGGCCAACGGCAUCCAGAACAAGGAGGCGGAGGUGCGGAUCUUCCAUUGCUGCCAGUGCACGUCGGUAGAGACGGUAACGGAACUGACGGAGUUCGCCAAAUCCAUCCCCGGCUUCACCGAGCUGGACCUCAACGAUCAAGUGACUUUGUUAAAGUACGGGGUCUACGAGGCCAUGUUCGCCAUGUUGGCGUCCGUCAUGAACAAGGAUGGGAUGUUGGUGGCCUACGGCAACGGUUUCAUCACGCGGGAAUUCCUGAAGAGCCUGAGGAAGCCCAUCGGGGACAUGAUGGAGCCCAAGUUUGAGUUUGCCAUGAAGUUCAAUGCCUUGGAGCUGGACGACAGCGACCUGUCUCUGUUUGUAGCGGCGCUCAUUUGCUGUGGAGACCGCCCGGGAUUGGUGAACGUUCCCAGCAUAGAGAAGAUGCAGGAGAGCAUCGUCCACGUCCUGAAACUCCACCUCCAAUCGAAUCACCCUGACGACGGCUUCCUCUUCCCGAAGCUGCUGCAGAAGAUGGCCGACCUGCGCCAGUUGGUGACGGAGCACGCGCAGCUGGUACAGACCAUCAAGAAGACGGAGACGGACGCGGCGCUGCACCCGCUGCUGCAGGAAAUCUACAGGGACAUGUACUGAGCGCUCGGCCGCUUUCUCCUUUAAAGAUUUUACUUUUUUUUUUUUAAAGAUUUUUUUUAUUUUUCCAUAUUUUUGGACGGGAGCAAAAUCAGCAGAAUUGGGGCUUAUUUACUUGUGCCUUCUCCUCCAGCCAUGGCAACGCUUCCUACAGCCUGCACUACAGUUCCUGGGGCGGGCUAUCUGCCCGGGGGGGCGGGGGCAGACUA